AUGUCAAAAUUAAAUAUUAAAGGAAUAGUUAAAAGAUGUGAUGAUUAUGGAAAAUUAGUGAAUAGAUAUUGUGGACCAGUUUUUGUUGGAUUUGCAACAUCAUUAAUAACAUUAAUUGCAAUCACCUAUUUCACAAUUAUAUUUCCAGCAACAUCUGAUUUUUCAAAUUUAUUUUUCAUUUUCAAUUUCUUUUGUGACCUUAGUAUUUCAUUAUUCCUUACCUAUGGUAUUUAUUUCAAUUAUAUAAAAGCAAUUAUAACAAAACCUGGUUAUCCAAAUUUAAAUUCAACUUUAAUAAAUAAUAUAAAUAGCAAUAUAAAUAAUAGUAAUAAUAAUAAAGAUAAAGAUAAAAUAUUGAUAAUUGAUAAUGUUAAAUGGAGUUAUUGUAAGAAAUGUUCAAAAGCUAAACCACCUAGAUGUCAUCAUUGUAGUGUUUGCGAUAAAUGUGUUUUAAAGAUGGAUCACCAUUGCCCAUGGAUUGGUGGUUGUGUUGGUUUCUAUAAUUACAGAUAUUUCUUUUUAUUUUUAUCAUAUCUUUGGGUAUCAGUUUGUUAUGUAUUAGCUCAUUCUUUACCUUUAUUAUUUGGUGGUUAUUUAUAUAGUAAAAAAUAUACAGAAAUUGAUAGAUUAUUAGUUAUUAUAUCAUCAAUUGGAAGUUUCAUAACAUUUGUUGCAGUUGGAUCAUUUGGUGGUUUUCAUGCUUAUUUAAUUGGUAGUGGUCAAACAUCAAUUGAAAAUUUAUAUCCUCCAAAAAAGAGACCAAAUUAUAGUUUAACUUCAAUUAAAGAUAAUUUUCAAAUAGUUUUAGGUAAAGGUGAUUAUUGGUUCAGUGGUUUAUUACCAAUAAAUUAUACUCCAAUUGGUAAUGGCUGUGAUUUUAAACUAAAUAUUUCAAAUGAAGAUAAUAAUAAAAAUAAUGAAAAUAAUGAAAAUAAUGAAAAUAAUGAAAUUGACAAUCAUAAUAAUAAUAAUAAUAAUAAUAAUAAUAAUAAUAAUAAUGAAAAAGAAGAUAAUAUUAAUGAAAAUGAUAAUUUAAUAAGCUAUGAUACUGAUGAAUAUAAUAGGCAUAAAAAAUAA